AUGGUAGCAACUAGCACUGCAUAUUCGAACAGGACAGUUGCUGAAAUGUCGAGUUUAGAUAAAUCGCCAAUGGCCGAUGCACAUUAUGGACGAAGUAUGCCACGGUUUGUUUUCACCCCUGAUACUUUACCCUAUCAUCCUCCAGGUUCUUACUUUCCUCCAUUUCUCGCCCUUUCCUACCCCUCGUAUCCCUUGGGGCCCCGUCCUUCGCCAGCGAAUGGCAGUCCAACGCCUCUUCUUCGACCAAACGUAGUCAGCCAUAGCGGAUAUCCUCUUGUGCUGAAUUCUCCUGUGCUGAAUAUUCAAGUGAAUACUGGUCAUUCUGCACCUCAAACAACCAGUCUUCAAAACCUUGGAGAAAAAAUUCCUACAAAAGCUGUUAAUACUAAUAAGUACCAAGGUGCGGACACAACGUUUAAUUCUGAGGACGUGUACAAACAGCAAUCCCAAAGCUCUGCAACAUUGCCUGGAACACCUACCCGUAAGGACAGUAAAGCACCUGCUGAGAAAGAAGGGAAAGCGACAAAGAAUAUUCUUAAAAAAUUCGUUGCUGAUGGAAUGGAACAGUAAGUUGUUUAACUGGUUUAACCCAAUGGAGGAUACUUUGUGGGGGGGGGGGUUGACAACGUUUUCGUUUCUGGGAAUCUCAGUGUUACACCAUAUGACAAAUUUUUUGUGUCUGGAAAUCUCAGUUCUUUGUGAACAUUUUUGCCUUCAAUUUUAUGUAAUAUAACACCUUAGUUUAUCGUCUACAAAUGCUUUCAUGGUUGCAAGAGUAUUAUUACGGCUAUGUUACACGGUUCAGCUAGCAGAAAUUAUAAGUGGGGUGGGCGGCGCCGGCUGCCACCCCCUCCCCGUUUGCUAGUGUCCGCCGCAGGUUUUACCUCAAUAAAAAGAUGAAACCCUUUCAAAAGCAUGCUUUUGAAAAGGUAUAGUUUCGCAGCUUUUCAGGCAUUUUUACAACGGUUGGAAAAGUCCCUAUCCGCUGGAUGGCGUUAUCCGGUCUCCGCGUAUAAGUGACCCCAGCGAUGUUUCUCAAUUUUUGGCAAGGUUUGAAAAAGUCCCACCAGAAUUUCCACGGUAGAAUGCAGAACAACGUACACUGUAUUCACCACCAAAUUCACCAGUCAAGUGAAGUGCAGUAACAUUUUUUAAAUCAACUUACCAGGGCCUAUAUACAACAAGAAGACUUAAUUUCUUUACCAGGUAGGAAAAUUAGGACUAGCUAGGUUCCAGUGAGGCAAAAACUGCCCAGGGAGGUAAAAGUAUCUUGCCAGACCGGAUCUGUCAGAUGAAAUCUAUUACAGAGCGCUGUAUUAUAUCUAUGCAUAUUUCUACUUUUUAGGGUGCUUUCUGAAGUGAACUUCGAGAAACGUUUUGCUGAACUACCAGAAUACACCCCAAAAUGUGCUACUAUAAACGUCGAGAGUCCGCCUAAAAAUAAGGAGGACUUGAGACAAGGAGAGACCUCGUGUAAAGCAAGUAUCUCUAACAUUGGUGCGAGUUCCUCUCCUGCUGGCAAAUCAUGGAAAACGCAUAACGAUAGCCUCGACGCGCUUGCCGAAGCUGCCGCAGGGGUAGGCAGCAACCAAGAGGGACCAGCCAGCAAUGGCCUAAAACGUAAUAUGGAUCAGAAGAGAAACUUGGUUCAGCAGUUUCUUCUGGAGCACGGAUUAUUUCCCACGGAAAAAGAAACAAAUGACUUUUUAGUCGAGCACAAUGAUAUCUUUCCAAACAAAUCCAAUUUGCAACUUAAAAUCCGUGAAGUUCGUCAAAAAUGUAUGCAAAGGUAAGACUUUAAUUAAGAACAUUUCUAACUACCGAGAACUCGUCAAAGAAUCGCAUUUUAUGUUGUCGCUGAUCUGUAUCUUAAUUUGUAUUGAUAGGGACCGAGAUGUCAGAAUUCAAAGGGAUUAGCCCAUCACCUGCGUUGUUAUUUUGUCACAUGGUAGAAAUGUGGGUAAAUUUCAUGUCGGUAAGAUAGUUAAAAUUAAGAUUAAAAAAAUAAGGUAUAUGGUGGCACCGAUUGUAACGUAAUAUUGUCACGUAGUGUGUAGUAUAUAGUAUAUCUAAGUUAUAAGUUGAUGUUUGUUUUGGUUAAAAUAUAAAGAAGAUUGCAUGGCAUAUUUAUUGUUUAUCAAUAAUCCAAGUGUCCAUGUGGAUAUUGAUGUUAUAGUCAUAUCAAGACACACCCAGUCAUUAGAUUUUCGUCACAUUUUGUUUCUUGUUUGUUAUUUGCUAAUGAUUGGGAAAGCUGUCUAACGUGUUGGGCCUAUUUAACAAUUAGUCGCCGAAGGCGAGGUGAUUGUAAUCACCGAGCCUGAGGCGACUAAUUGUUUUAGUAUAAAUUUCCAGGUGUUUACAAACAAUAAUCCACACAACUUUAUAAAAAUUCACUUCAAAUAAAUUUAUUUUCACUAUAAAUAGCCAGUUUGUUUACAAAAUUUAAAUCUCAGACACGGCUCUGUGUCGCGUUGCGACUAAGCCAGUUUUUUUUCCAGAUAAAAGCACGUAAAGUUUAAUAUUUUACCUUGAAAUAUUUUUAAACCAUAUUUUGUAGCUUGUUUGGGUUUUUUCGGAAUGCUAUCUUCUUUAAUUUUGGCAAUUUCCUCCUCUGUUACUACGGCAAAACGAGCAGCCAUUUUGAAAAAAAAGCUAUAGUCACUGACCAGUGACUAUCACUUCAGAGACAGUGAAUCUUGACCAAUCAGAAUGCAGAAAAAUCAAUACUCACUUGGAAAUUUAUACUAAUCAAUCAUAGUCAAUCGAGUAUGGUUUGGACACUCGGAAAAUUUCAAUUAGUCUCUAUAAUGUGCUGCGGUUUUAUGUUGAGAUUGACCGUGCACAAAUCUUUUGAAAUUUUGCUCGCUUGAUUAUUUCAGUGGUACGGUGAUUUGAGGUGAUGUCAUUGGAUGGGUAUUUCAUUGGGCAAAAAGUCAUUGUCUUCACCGUGCAAAAGUUUGCAUAAACAUGGAGAAAAAUAGGACAAAAGAGAUUCCAGACCAUAUGUUAAUUGACUAUGAUUCAAUUCUCUUUGUUAAACUGAAAGUUUUUUUAAAAAGACAAUUAGACGUAAAACAUUUAAAAAAGUAUAAAAACUGUUUAGAAAAUAUUUGCAUGCAUGAUGGUGAGCCUAAAUACAUGGCAAGAGAGGUAAAACUGCAUAUUAAGUUGCAUGUUUUGAUUGCAUUUUGAAGAAAAAUUCUUGAAUUGCAUGACUUUUCUAUUUUUAUUUUGUAGUACA